UGAGAUGCUUAGAAGCAGAACUGAAACCCCCUUCGCAGUGAAGAUGGGAAAAAUGGGGUCUCGAGUGACGACCUCUCUCAUUCUCACUCUUUUUGUUGCAUUAGUCUCUCUCAGCUUGCCGUCUGAAACCUCUGCAAACUACCCAUACUCAUCUCCUCCACCUCCACCUCCAAAGGAGCACUAUGAGUACAAGUCUCCUCCUCCUCCUCCUCCGGUGAAACCAUACCAUCCACCUUAUGUGUACAAGUCUCCUCCUCCUCCUCCGCCGGUGAAACCAUACCAUCCACCUUAUGUGUACAAGUCUCCUCCACCACCACCACCCCCCAAGACGCCGUACCAUCCACCCUAUGUAUACAAGUCUCCUCCUCCACCACCGCCAAAGAAGCCACAUCAUCCACCAUACGUGUACAAGUCUCCUCCACCACCCCCACCCAAAAAGCCCCACCAUCCACCCUAUGUGUACAAGUCUCCCCCACCACCACCACCUAAGAAGCCCUACCACCCACCAUACGUGUACAAGUCUCCUCCUCCACCACCACCUAAGAAGCCCUACCACCCACCAUACGUGUACAAGUCUCCUCCUCCACCGCCUCCAAAGAAGCCACAUCAUCCACCGUACGUGUACAAGUCUCCUCCACCACCCCCACCGAAGAAGCCCCACCAUCCACCCUAUGUGUACAAGUCUCCUCCACCACCCCCACCGAAGAAGCCCCACCAUCCACCCUAUGUGUACAAGUCUCCCCCACCACCACCACCUAAGAAGCCUUACCACCCACCAUACGUGUACAAGUCACCUCCUCCACCCCCACCCAAGAAGCCCUACCAUCCACCAUAUGUGUACAAGUCUCCCCCACCACCCCCACCAAAGAAGCCCUACCAUCCACCUUACGUAUACAAGUCUCCUCCACCACCUCCACCAAAGAAGCCCUACCAUCCACCUUACGUAUACAAGUCUCCUCCACCACCUCCACCAAAGAAGCCCUACCAUCCACCAUAUGUAUACAAGUCUCCUCCUCCACCCCCACCAAAGAAGCCCUACCACCCACCUUACGUGUACAAGUCUCCCCCACCACCACCUCCCACAAAGCCCUACCAUCCACCCUACGUUUACAAGUCCCCACCACCACCACCACCACCCACCAAGCCAUACCAUCCACCCUACGUUUAUAAGUCUCCUCCACCACCACCACCACCCACCAAGCCAUACCAUCCACCUUACGUGUACAAAUCUCCCCCUCCACCACCUCCCAAGGAGCCCCACCAUCCACCAUAUGUGUACAAGUCUCCUCCUCCUCCUCCUCCUGUACACAAGCCACCAACACACCCAUACAUCUAUGCAUCACCCCCUCCUCCACACCACUACUAGAGAGUAGCUCUGAUAACAUCAUGGGAAAGACAAAAUAAAGGAAGGCUUGCAUGAAGAGGCUUAUAUACGAAGAAGGACGCCGAAGAGCUCCGGCUUUGAUAUAUGUAUUGUUUGAUUUUGUGCUGUUAGGGUUUGUUCAUGAUGUUGAGUGUAUGUAGCAAGGAGUGGUCAGUGUAAUAUUUAUUCCUAUUAUGUUCAUGUACUUUAGGAAUUUCGACCAUUAUGCAAACGCGGAGGUCUAUCGAUAAGCAAUAAAAUAAACACGUUUAUCUAAUA